UGGAUUUGACACUUGUCACCUUUCUCUCACUUACUCACUUUACACACACUCUCUCUCUGUUGUCUUCUUGCUUGCUCCCUUCGAACUCUCAAAACACCCACAAACGUUGCUGUUAAUAUAUUUUUUAAAGAAAAGGAUCAGCAGAAAGAACAAGUUAUCUUUUUUCAAUUGUGGAUGAAAGUGAGUAGAGAAGAUUCCAGAUUGUAGUUUCCUCAAAAUGGAAGUUUGGAUUCAUUGUUGUUGACCAGAUCUGAUUGUUCAUAUCCCUUUCACAACCUUUUUCAGCCACCUAUGUCUUGCAUCUCAUGAUUCUGCUUCCUCUUCCGGUAAGAUUUGAGUUGUUUCCAAGGCAUGGGAAUUAGUAGCGUUCACAUCCUAAGAUCAUUCUUUAUAAGAGAAGAGGUUGAUAAAUUAGUUGAAUAAUGACAACCUGUGUGAUUCUAGAGGCAUUGGAAGGUAACUUUUUCUACUGCCCAGAUAAAGAUUUUGAUGGAGGAGAUGCCUCCUGCGGUCACAGUGCCAUUUAGAGUAGGUAACUCAGUCUGUGAUAAUCCAUUCUUAGCUAACCAUAUGGAUAUCACAAGACUGAAACUGAUGGCAAACACAAGUGGGUUGUUAUCUGGUUCUGUAACUGAGGUCUCUACUGCUGGGGAUGAACAUAGUAUUUGUGAUUUAGAUAAUGGAUUUACUGAUACUGUUGAGACUGUGUCGGAAUAUGAGAGGGAAGAGGGAGCCCCCUUGUUGGAAAUGAUCUCUGACAACAAAAGCAAUUGGGUUGCUAGUGCUGAUGUGAUAACCCGGGAAAGCGAGGACGAUGAUUCCUUAUCAUUGGAGGCUGAUCAAAUUCUUGAUAGCUCUUGUUCCCUUUCGGUGGCAAGCGACACUAGUAGCUUAUGCGGAGAGGAUUUCUUGACAUUUGAUGCUAGUUCUGAGGUUGGAGCGCCUAGUUCGACUGGAAUUGAAAAGAUCAUUUGCAGUGUUGAUAUAAUCACAAAGGCCACUAGCGUGGCUGAAUCAAAUUGUGUGACAGAUAUUGUGAGCAAUCCCCUUGCUGUGGGAGUACGCCUUGGAGAAGAUGUUAGAGAUGGGCCUGACCCAAAGCCAUCUGCAGUUGUUCUUCAAUUUUCACUGGAGAGACAGGUGAGUGGAACAGUUGGACGCAGUGUUUUUGAAGUUGAGUAUGUACCACUUUGGGGAUUUACAUCCCUAUGUGGACGAAGACCUGAGAUGGAAGAUGCACUUGCAACUGUGCCUCAGUUUAUGAAAAUUCCUAUCCAAAUGCUAAUUGGUGAUCGCAUAAUUGACGGCAUGAGUAAGUUCUUGACCCAGCAGACUGCUCAUUUCUUUGGAGUCUAUGAUGGUCAUGGUGGCUCUCAGGUUGCAAACUAUUGUCGCAAUCGUGUCCAUUCUGCCUUGGCUGAGGAGACAGAGUUUGUUAGGCAAUCCCUAAAUGGUGGGAGCAUGAAGGUUAGUUGCCAAGAAGAAUGGAGAAAAGCAUUCACCAAUUGUUUUGUUAAGGUAGAUGCUGAAAUUGGAGGAAAAGCCAAUAAUGAACCUGUCGCCCCAGAGACUGUGGGGUCUACUGCUGUUGUUGCCAUCAUCUGUUCAUCUCAUAUAAUUGUAGCAAACUGUGGAGAUUCAAGAGCAGUUCUAUGUCGUGGAAAAGAACCAAUGGCAUUGUCAGUGGAUCAUAAACCAAAUCGAGAAGAUGAAUAUGCUAGAAUCGAAGCCGCCGGAGGCAAGGUUAUACAAUGGAAUGGACAUCGUGUUUUUGGUGUUCUUGCCAUGUCAAGGUCUAUUGGUGAUAGAUAUUUGAAACCAUGGAUUAUUCCAGAUCCAGAAGUCACAUUUAUUGCUCGGGCAAAAGAUGAUGAGUGUCUCAUUCUGGCCAGUGAUGGUUUGUGGGAUGUGAUGACAAAUGAAGAGGCAUGUGAUCUGGCUCGCAAACGAAUACUAGUCUGGCACAAAAAGAACGGUGUCACACUUCCCCACGAGAGGGGCGAUGGAAUCGAUCCUGCAGCUCAAGCAGCAGCAGAGUAUUUGUCAAACCGUGCUCUUCAAAAAGGAAGCAAGGACAACAUCACUGUGAUUGUGGUGGAUCUGAAAGCUCAGAGAAAAUUCAAGACAAAAACAUGAUAAUUUCUUCCUCCUUCCUUCAGCUGCUGGAUUUGUUGACUUGAAGAUGCAAUUUAGUUAUGGCCAUCUAUUUUUCACCGGGGUUACCAUAGACCAGGGAUCAUUCUAGUACUUUUUUCUAUGUCAAUUUCUCUUGUUAUUAUAAGCCAUACAUUGUUCUGGCUGUGUAAAUCUUCUCUGUUUGUUUAGGGAUAGGAGAUCCUGACAGUUACAUGCAUUUGGUGAUAUGCCCGUUGUAUUCGUUGUACCUCCGAGUGAAGAGGCUCUGUGAGGUGCACACUCUACUAUUUCAACGGCAUGGACGAUCCUUGUCA